AUGGAUAUCUCCACAGCGAUUCGGCAACUCGCGACAAGCUUGAUCGAUCUCGAGCUGGACAACAUACGAGCUAGAUCGAAGUAUCUCAACCACUAUACAUGCGACCCAGUAUCAAUAGGAGUUCACGUCUACAACGAUGUCGGUGGACAACACUUUCUCUCCUACGAUACCUCGUCGCCACUACCUAGAGAAACAAGCUAUCUCUCCGAAUUCCUCAGCACCCGAGACCACGAACUCAAACGGACGAUACGGUCGUUGUCGCAUGAUGGGCUGAUGGCCUUGCACGAAUGUCUGUCUCGGGAGAUUGACGAGAUCGACGAUCAAGCUCGCAGCGAUGAUGGUGCCGAAGGUCCAAGUCCAAUCCAAGAGGUUUCCCGGGCGAAAAUGUUCCGAUUGAGUACUUCCCCUCUAAUCGCCAACCAGUCUUUUGACGUGGUCUUGAUUUACCUCGACGGUAAUGGCGAGUCGAUCCUCCAGAAGUCGUCUUGGCCAGUGUGGACCGACUUCAAAGAUUUUAUCAAAACAAUGUCCGAGUAUCACUACAAGGUCACGAACAAAAAGAGCGGUAGCGUGGAGAACAUCAAGCAAACCUAUCUCGAGAGAAUUGACGACUUUAUCGAAUCCGAGCCCGCUCCUCCGAAAAUCGCCAUCGCCAGGACAUACCAGACUUGGUUCAACAAUCUCGACGCAAUGGAUGAUGAGUGGGCUUACGUGACGGUCGACGCCUAG